AUGACGUCAACCUGCCACUUCACAACCGCUGAACCUUUCGCCCUCUCAUUCUCUCUCUUCGCAGCCGUCGUGAGCCAGUGGCGGGUGCGGAUGGGCUCUGCCUUCUGGCGCUUGUUCCGGGUGGAUUCUGUUGCCGCCGCCGCCGCUGCUGUUCCUGAUUUCUUUGUUGGAAGUGCCUACAGCAGCAUCAACCCCAGAAACAAGCACCCAAUCUCGGCACAUACGCAAGGCAGGCUGCUUAGCGCUCGUAAAAUUGGAACGGAUGAGUCCGGCCCUAAAGGGCGAAAUACUCCGUUUCCUAAACCCCGUCCUCCCGUAAAAUUACCCAUGCCACAACCCGUCUUGCAUUCCCACCUCCGCAGCCGAAUAAAUGGCGACUGUGCAAUGAAGAGGGAAAUUCGCCUCGGAAAGCCCGAUCACUCAGGUGGACUUUUCAAGUCCUGUCCAGGGCCGCCAGCUGCUGGUGCACUGCAUCCUCCCAUCUACAACCAUGGUGACCCGUCCCAAACUCUGAAUAUAACUAUCGACGUUGCACCCAUCCUGCAACCUGAUAUUCUGGAUCUGUACGCCACGUUACCCUGCCGUCGAAGAAGGAAUGAGUCCCGCCAGCAUCAGGAUUUAAGCCGUCACCACUUGUCCAAAAGCUAGCGCGUGCUUUUUAGCCUGGGGGUCAGACAGCGACAAGCUUCCGGGAGAGCAACUCACGCUUAACGAACUUUCGUUGAUGCUUGUCUCUCUUUGGCAAGAAUCCUCCGCUUGGGGUUGCUAGCAAAAUUCAUCAAGGUCUUAUCGAGGAUUUACAAGAAGCUUCAGCGGGGAAACUCCGUAUUUCUCCCGCAACGUCCUUUCUGUUUCCUUUUUUCUUUCUCUUUCUCUUUCCCUGUUUCCUUUUUUUUUUUUUUUUUUUUUUUUUUUUUUUUCCUUCCUCGUAUCUAAGACUUUUGGUCACGAAGUUGGCGAAGCAGAGACAAAAGGUCCCUUUGUUUCUAUUGUUAAACAAAUUUCUUGUCACUCGUGACCUGCAAAUCUGGAGAUCGUUCAGUAUCGUUAUUGUUAUGAAGACCUCCCGAGUUGCAUUGUGUUCACUUGAGUGAUUUUGGUUCCAGACAGGUAUUGACUAGGCUCCGUUGUCACGGUACCGGAAGGGAUUUUAGUGCCAGCACUGUGCAACGGUCAAACGAAGAGAGACAGCUGUCCACGACACCAGUCCGUCCCAUUGCCCCUUCGCUAACAACCUGAUUGGACAUACCACCCAGCUAGUGCUGCUGGAAU